GAGGAAAAAUGGCCACAGAAAUGGCUCGGUGCCCUUUCAACAAACAGCAUGUGAUGGCCACUACUGUGUUGCAAAGACACAUCGUCAAAUGUAUGAAGAAUUACCCCGGAUGGCUGGUUUGUCCCUACAAUGCUAUGCAUCAGUUUCCCGACACUGAUACUCUCACCCAGCACAUGCUGAUUUGCCCCUUUAAGGAGACGGUAGCCACAUUGGCGCAAAGGGAGUACGACAACGACAGGAGAAAAGCCCUGGCACACGCUCCUGUUCACAUCGAGGGAAUUCGGGAGAUUAAUUUGUCUGAGGAGGACUGGGAUGAGGAGUACUUAUAAGUGUUAGAGUUAGAGAUUAAAUUUUGAUGAUUAAUUG